AUGUCCCCAGGGAACAGCAGCCAUGCCCUGGCUUUCCUGCUGACGGGCAUUCCCAGGAUGGCUUGGUUCCAUCUUUGGUUUUUCUUCCCUUGCUGUCUGAUGUAUCUCAUCACAAUCCUGGGAAAUGUCACCAUCCUGCUCAUCGUGAGAGCGAAUCGAAGGCUCCACCAGCCCAUGUACUACUUCCUUUCGAUGCUGGCCACCACAGACCUGGGCCUGACUCUGUCCACCUUGCCCACGGUGCUGCGCGUCUUUUGGUUUGGUACCGGAGCGAUCAGCUUCCCAGCCUGCCUCACCCAGAUGUUCUGCAUCCAUGCCUUCUCCUUCACAGAGUCCUCAGUGCUCCUGGCCAUGGCCUUUGAUCGCUACGUGGCCAUCUGCUGCCCACUGAGAUACUCCUCCAUCCUCACCAGUGCCAGGAUUGCAAAGAUUGGCCUGGGGAUGGUCUGCCGCUCCCUGACUCUGCUCCCACUCAUCUGCCUGCUCACACAGCUCCCAUUCUGCAGGUCCCACGUGCUGUCCCACUCCUAUUGUCUGCACCAGGACAUGAUACGGCUGGCGUGCACAGACACCACCCUGAACAGCCUCGUGGUGUACGGCCUCACCGCCAUCCUGCUGGUCAUGGGGCUGGACGCCGUCCUCAUCUGCCUCUCCUACGUCCUGAUCCUCAAGGCUGUCUUGCGGCUGGCGUCGUGGAAGGAGAGGCUCAAGGUGUUCAGCACCUGCAUUGCCCAUAUCUGCGUGGUCCUGGCCUUCUACGUGCCCCUGAUUGGGCUGUCCGUGGUGCACAGGUUUGGGAAGGACCUGGCUCCACUGGUCCAUAUCACCAUGGGGAACAUCUACAUCCUGGUGCCCGCUGUGCUCAACCCCAUCAUCUACGGGGUGAGGACCAAACAGAUACAGAGGAGGAUCCUGAUUUCAGUCAAAAUUUACAAUGACAGAACUGCCCGUUGA